AGUGAGCAAGAUAGCUGACACAGGGCAUUGGAUAACUGUGGUUUUCCUGCACUCAAGAAGCAACAACUUUGCAAUCGUUAAAAUAUGUUAAGCAAUGUGCAACAACUAUGUGCGUUGUAUUCUAAAAUGACAGCACUGUAAAUAAGGAAGAUACAUUUUGCAUAUGUUUCUCAGAUUUUCGAAGAAAGUCAUCUAAGGAAUAGGUUCUGAAAAUAAUUAUUUCUAUAAGUGCUCUAGUGUGUUGAUAAUGUUACAAAGAUGGAAAUUCCCAAAUGGAGAUUACAUGGAUUUCUAAUAUAAUAAGGAACCAAUAUGAAUUACCCAAUCCUUCUAAAUACUCUAACACCUUAAUCAAUGGUGACCACACAGGAUUCAAUGCAUGCAGUGCAGUUAAUUGGAUGGAAACUUCUCUGGAGUGUGAGGUAUAAGAAUGAAAAUGAAUAAUUCAGAACUUCAUAACAUAAGUUCAAACACGUCAGAAGCUGCCUGCUUUCGUGACACAGUGAUUACUCAGCGGAUACUGCCAUUACUGUAUCUGGCCAUUUUUAUUGGAGGGCUAUUUCUGAACAGUCUUGCUGCAUGGAUAUUUGUUGAAGUUUCUCAUCAUUCCAGCUUUACAGUGUACCUCAAGAAUAUUGUUGUGGCGGAUAUUCUGAUGAGCUUGACAUUUCCUGUUAAGAUCAUCAGCGAUUCCGGACUUGGAUCUUGGGAGCUAAAAGUAUUUAUCUGCCGUUUUUCUGCUGUUAUUUUUUAUUUAAAUAUGUACAUUGGAAUUAUAUUUUUAGGUCUGAUCAGCUUUGAUAGGUACAUUAAAAUUGUAAAGCAGUCAGGUACCUUUGUCACGCCAGCAUUUGCAAGAACAGCCUCGGCAGCAGUGUGGAUCUUCAUGUUGGUUUUACUUGUGCCAAAUAUCAUCUUAACCAGUAACCCUGCCACCCAAGAGAACUCACAAAACUGCAUGAAUCUGAAGAGUUAUUUGGGGCGAAGAUGGCAUGAGGUAUCAAAUUACAUGUCAGUAGCAAUUUUUUGGAUUGUUCUCAUUUUGCUUGUAGUUUGCUAUACCUUAAUAUCUAAGAAAGUGUAUGACUCUUACAGAAAGUUUAGGAGAAAUUCUGAAGCAACAACUAGAAGGUCAACUCGUAACAUCUUCAGUAUUAUUAUAAUAUUUUUUUUAUGUUUUGUACCAUAUCAUGUUUGCCGACUUCCUUAUACAUUUAGCCAAACAACAGUUCACUUUAAUUGUCAAAUGAAGACCAGGUGGUAUUAUAUCAAAGAAAUAACACUGUUACUGUCUUCACUAAAUGUAUGUCUAGAUCCUACAAUUUAUUUUCUAUUAUGUAGGUCAUUCAGAGAACUGUUAAUGAGAAAAUUACAUUUUCAGUUAAGAUCAUCAAGAAUAGCAGAGUUUCUUGAUACACAAAGGAGGUCAUCAACAGCAGCUAACAGUGAAAGCAUUUUAUAAGUAGAUAUUUUUUACAAGAGGAUAUAGUGAGGUCUGUGUUAAGUUACUGCAAGUAGUAUGUCACAGAUAUAGUGCUUAAAGGGUGCAACUAUAGUGAAAUUUACUGCCUAAUGAAAACAGAGAAGUUUCUUCACAAGUAGAUUUCGGGGCAGUUCUCAGCAUUUCAAUUUUUAUAAAAUACUGAAGUGAAUUGCUCUCAGCCAUAUAGACGUAUACCAUGUAGCCACCCUCUUUUUCUGUUAGCCUUUUUUGAUGGUAUGUUGGAUUACAUCACACCACUAGGCACAAAAAAUAUUAAGCAGUCAAAAGUUAAGGCAUAGAUCUGAUCAGUGGAACAUACUAGUAAAAUUUUUUUUUCAAAAGCGAUAACAAGCAAUACAUAACAGGUGGGCUUGUAGAUGGUGUUGAAUUAUGAUUAGAAAUAUAUUUCAUUUAACAGGGCUGUUUAUUGUGGGCACAUUUUACAAGAUCAGAAUAUGAAGAUAGCUGGUUUUACCUCUUGUAGAAUGGCAAGGUUUGAAAACCAUAUUACUACAUUUUUCAGGCAGACAGUUAUUUGCAUGUUAAUUGGUAAAUACAGUCAUUAUAUACUUAAAGCAUAGUCCUUGCUUAAGCACUUUAUUAUGUCUGAUUCAGAAUGUAAGUCCAACAUGAGCAUUGAUAGUGCCACAGCCAUCAGAUGAGAUAAAAUGAAAAAAGCACUUCCGCACUGUAAUGAUAUAUGGUAAUGACAAUGCUAGUAAGUAAAGCUUUGAUCUGCAGAGUUUCAUACUGUCAUUGUGGGUGUGAUUCCCACAGUUUCUUGUUAUAUACACUGAGCAGUUCACUUAACCAAGCCAGUUCUGCAAGAUCACUACUUAAAAGUAAAUUUUUGUGCAUGUCUAGCUGCCUCAUAUGAUGAAAAAACACAUAUAAAUGAAUGAAAGUCAAAGCAUUUUAAACUAGUAAAACAAAUAAAUGAUUUAAGUGCUUCUGAUGAUGUAAAGAACCAUUAUACUAAAUGCAAAAUAAGCAUGGUAAAACAACCUUCAUGCCUUAGUUUUUCAAUGUAAAAUAUGUAACAUGCUAGUUUUAAAGUAUAUCAUUUUGCUUCAAGAUCUACAAUAGAUUUAAUAAAUGGAGUAAUUAUUACACAUUCUGGAUACUUCAAAUUAAGUAUGCUUAGAUUUGAUUCCUGGGAAAUGUGGAAAACAUGAUAAUUAUGAGUAUUAGAGCUUUCAAUGUCCUCAAUAUAUUGCCUAAUCUUAAUUGCAGAAGUCAUCCUUGCAGUUUUCAGUGUCAAAUAUUCUGUAAAUGUAUGCAUUUAAAACAUAUUAUAGUUAAAAAAAUCACAAAGAAAAUUAAAGUUAGUCUGUUUGUGGCAUGUAACAAGAGGAACAGAGUGAAAGCUUCCCUCUUCAUAUUUUAGCCAAUUAAUCCACUCUCCGUUGAAUACACUCAUGCAUAUUUCUUCUACUUACAAGGAAAAUUAUUUACAGCAUCUCUUCAAAAUCAUAUGCCAGAUUAAAAAUAUUGAUGCUGUCAUGAGUGUUUAAAAAAGCAAAAAUGUGCAACAGACUGCAUGUCCAAUUUUAAGAUCAGCUUGUUUAUUAUAUUUACUAUAACUGUUCUAUUUAGAAUUUGACAGCUGACAUUUUAAUUGGUAGAAAUAGCAACAGUAAUAUAUUACUGGCAUACAAUCAGCUAACAAAUAUGCAGUACUUGGAAGCUGAGAGUUUAAAAUGGCCAUUUCUUUCAAUUGCGUUAUAAUGCAAUUCUUAGCAAAAUUACACUUAAAAAUAAAAUCUUAAACAUUCUUUUAAUUGUGACAUACUAUUUAUAUUGAUUAAAAGACACGAUGAAAUCUGUUAGAGCUGAAUCACUAUGUACUAAUCUUCUUCUUCUUCUUUCGGCUUUUCCCGGUUAGGGGUUGCCACAGUAGAUAACUUGUCCGUUCAAGA